UAAAUUGUAGUACUCAUAUAUAAAAAACACGUGUAAAUUUGUACAAGAAUAAUAUUAGUGCCUAUAUUAUAAGAACUAAUUUUAAAAAUAUCAUUUCUGUAAAUAAUAAAUGUAAGACAACUUGUAUUUUAAAAAGAAUGCAUAUUUUAUAGUUUAUCCAAACCUAGGAUACUAUGAACCGUUUACUACUAUUAUUAUUCUUCGUUAAUUUUAUAAAUAAUAGUAUAUCAUGGGAGACUUUUAUGAGGGGUCGAAGCAAAUAUGGUAAUCUAGGUGCUCCAAUUUUAUCUGAAGAUCAUGAACUUCCAAGUGCUGAAUGGUUUACACAGUUUCUAGAUCACUUUGAUCCAACUGAUGCGCGUGUUUGGCAACAGAGAUAUUUCGUAAACGUUAGGUUGGGGUUAGGUUGGAGAGCACUAUAAGAAAGGUGGUCCAGUAUUUUUGAUGAUAAGUGGUGAAGCUGCAGCAAAUGCUAAAUGGAUGGCAGAAGGUCAAUGGAUCGAAUAUGCUAAGCAAUUUGGGGCGCUAUGUUUUCAAGUGGAACACCGCUUUUAUGGACAAAGUCAUCCUACUUCGGAUCUCGGCGUGAAAAAUUUAAUGUAUCUUUCAUCGCAACAGGCACUUGCAGAUUUGGCUUACUUUAUAGAAUUCAUGAAUAUUAAUUACAAGUUACCAGCUGGUACUAAAUGGAUUGCAUUUGGAGGAUCAUAUGCUGGAUCAUUAGCUGCUUGGUUGCGUAAUAAAUAUCCUCAUUUAGUACACGGGGCUGUUUCUGCUAGUGGUCCUUUAUUAGCAGAAAUUGAUUUUCAGAAAUACUUUGUUGUUGUUGAAAAUGCCCUCAAAGAAUAUUCUGAAGCAUGUGUAAAUGCAAUACUAGAAGCAAACAAACAAUUUCAUAUAAUGUUACAUCGUCCUAUCGGUCAACAAGGAAUAGCUAAAAAAUUUAUUUUAUGUGAUCCAAUCAACGAACAUACCAAACGUAAUGAUAUUUCGAAUUUGUAUGAAACAAUAGCAAGCAUUUUUGCUGGUAUUGUACAGUACAAUAAAGACAAUCGUAAUAAUUCCGCAAUGGCUAAUUUAACUAUCGAUAGUGCCUGCGAUAUAUUAACGAACGAAACAUUGGGUAUUGCUAUUGACAGACUUGCAAUUUUGAGCACUAAAAUAUUACAGGCAUCAGAAAAAAAGUGUUUGGAUUAUAUGUAUAAUAAAAUGAUUCAUAAUCUUCGGAACAUAACAUGGGCUAGCGAAGAAGCAGAAGGGGGACGUCAAUGGACGUACCAAACGUGUACAGAAUUUGGAUUCUUUCAAACUUCGACAGCACGCCCAAAAUUAUUUAGUGAAACUUUCCCAGUAGAUUUCUUUGUACAACAAUGCAUUGAUAUAUUUGGCCCAAGGUACAAUAUUCAUUUGCUGAAUUCGGCAGUGAAUAGAACAAAUAUUCUGUAUGGAGGAUUAGAUUUAAAGACUACAAAUGUAGUAUUUGUACAUGGAUCAAUUGAUCCUUGGCAUGUUUUGGGAAUUACAAAAUCAGCAAAUCCGCAAAUACCUGUCAUUUAUAUUGAUGGUACUGCUCAUUGUGCCAACAUGUAUCCUCCUUCCAAAAAUGAUCCACUUCAGUUGAAAGCUGCCAGAGUUGAGGUUGGACAUUUAAUAGAUGAAUGGCUGCAUAAUUAAAUAUGAUAUUUUUAACGCUGUGUGUGCUACAUUUAACUACUUUAUGAUAAGUAGUUUUUUAUUUUUUUAAACAAAAAUGAUGUAUUAAAAGAAUUAAAUUUAUCUUAUUAACUUUUUGAACAAUUUGUAUUUUCCUUUAUGAACUUCUGUGAAACAAUUAUGAUACAUAAAUAUUUUUAGUUGAAACAAUUCGUGCAUAACUAAGACUAAAACUAACUAUGUACGUACAUAACAAGUUACUGAAGAUACACGAGUGUUCACCAUUCUGUGUUUAUGUUUAAACAACUAGAAUGCAUGUAUAAAUACAAUUAAACAAGUUUGCCCAUAAUGGCACUAUUACAAUUUUUUGUAGAUUACUGAAGUAUUAAAUAAAUACAUGUACAAACUUACUACGAAUAUCUUACGUCAGUCAAUGAAUAAAUACAUAUCUAUUAAUUA